GGGUUGCCUAUCGGUUUGCCUGAACGUUAUCAAUUUGGUGGGCAUUCUUAUCAGUAUUUUGAACAAUUUUCAAAGGGUGUUUUAUAGCUUUUAUUUAGUUUCCCUGUAAUGGAAAAUGAUCCUCUCUUCGUCGAAGUUUGAAGAAGUCGACAACUAAUUCAUGUGCUUCGAAGUUUGAAUGGAGAAUCGACGAUAAAUGAAAAAUUACAACCGGAGUUUCCAUUCUAAAUCUACCUACAUUUGAAGUGAAAUCAUACAGUGUGGUUGUUCUUGUUCCUUUGAUUAGUUCUCUUUGUAAAGUAUACCUGUUGAUUUACGUACAGCGGUAUAUUGCAGCCUGUCAACGUGAACACAACCGGUCACUUCUAGUAUGGACAGCAGUAACGAUAACUCUGACCAAUUCACAUCGAAACCCAGCCCUGAAGUUGAUACUCCAAAAGAAAAUAUGAUGAGCGAAGCUCUCAAAAUAGGAAUCUGUAACGACGAACCUGCUCAAUUCACACCAAAACCCAGCUCUGAAACUGAUGACACUAAAAUAAAUACUGCCGUUUCUGUCGAUGAUGCUACGUGUAAACAUUCUCAUGAUGAUGAGCAGUGCUCGCCAGAUUUAAAGAGGAGUAAAAAUUCAUCAGAUGAAGGAUCAUCAGAUGCUGUUCCAUCUCCAUCAACUAGAAACCGUGUUGUAGUCUUCGAUAUCGAUAAUACACUUUGUUAUCAUUGCUUGUGUAAGGAUAGCGAAGACAUCAUUAGGAAGAGCUUUCCGGAAUGCCCAAUUAUUGUCUGGAAUCGGUGUGGUUUCGACGGAUUCAUUGUCAGAUAGGUAUCUGUUUGUAUUUCUACCUCACCUGAAAAUUUUAUUCGAUUACUUAUUGGAGCAAGGCGUACGAACAGGGUUGCCAAACGUUCGGUAUUUUACCGAACAGUUCGGUAUUUCCCUGAUUUGUUCAGUAAGAUUAAUCAACCCUUACCGAACAAUAGAAAAGUUCGGUAUUUUCAAAAAAAUCGAGAAAACCCUUCAAAAAAAGGAAAUUUGAGAAAUAUAUUCGGUAUUCUCAUCAAAAAAAGCACCCAAAAAGCACUUUUUGUGGCGUUCUUUCAUUAGUCAGCACUUUAUUUUUCAUACUUUUUACUUUUUUAUGGGUUUUUCAAGCAACAAAUUUCGUAGACUUUCUUUUUUUUUUUUUUUUUUGCUUUUCAAUUUGGUGUUCGGUAAUUCCAAAAUUUGGAUUUGGCAACCCUGCGUACGAAUCGUUUUUUUUUCUGCUGCCCCCAAGGAAAGAAAUCUAACAGUUAUUCCAGAAUUACUUACAUCCUUCUGGGGUAGUGAGAAAUUUGAAUCUCUGAAAGCCGAAGGACAGUUCGAUAUUUUUUCCGAAGAAUAUAUUGGUGAAGGAAAAGCCUUUGUAAAAGAUUUAAAAGUAGUUAUUCGGGACGGCGAAACAUUAUUGGAUGCCAUCUUAGUGGAGGAUGACUAUCGUUAUGCUGCUCAUGAUCAGAAACCAUGUUUAUAUAUAAUAGACUUAUUCAUUGGCACGUAAUAGAUAAAGACGAGAUAAGAAAAAAUGAAGAGAAAGAUGAUUUUUGGUGUGGAAAAACUGGUAAUUUUCCUUUGAAUAGUGUUUACUACAUGCUCGGUGUGUUCAAGACCUAUUUUGAACAUGAGAAAUACAAAGUGUUGCCUUUAAGAGAAGGCUUGAAUGAAUUUUUACCUAAGAAAGCAUGCGAUACACUUUUUUUUGUGAAAGAUUCGUUUGCCGAUGAUAUGAUCGAUUUAGGAUUAUCAGAGGUACAGAAACUGGUACCUGAUGCCAUGUAUUACUGAUCAUACUAUCCGCUUUGUCUCUAUUGAUAUUACGUUUUCAGUGACAAUAUUUACCUAUGAUAAUUGUUUACAAAUUUUGUCAAUUAUUAUUGAGUUUUAUUUUUUUUUACGAAUCAUUGUUAUAAGACUGAUAUUUCCACGUAAUAUACCUACCUCUGUUGCGUGUAUAAUGCCAUUCGUGAUUAUUCGAUGUCCAGCAGAUAAUUUUACUGCUGAUUCAAAGUUAUAGGUAUGUUGUAGGAUCCAUUUCGAGAGAGAAUUUCAAUUAUUAAUUGCUCUUUUCAAAUGUCACCAGUUUAUGAUUGAUUUUCGAGA